AUGUGUAAGUUUUUUGUGUCCAAUGAUAUAUCACCAGGGCUGGACGAAGGCAUCAGCCAACAUCUGGCCGAGCUUCACCUGCGCAGCCGUCGUCAGGUGUGUGUUGUCCGCUUCCAGCUUCAGUCCCAUAGCGUCCACACACUUGACCCCAUCCAUCCCCAGCCCCAGCUGCACCGACCUAACCGUCUCAAGGUCCGCAGGAGCAGUCUGGUUGAAAUUCCCCGAGGCCAACGCCACCUGGAUGAUCGGGAGUUGCGGCAUCGCGAGGUCGGCCCGAAUAGAGUUAAAGAACUCCCUGAGACUGGGCCCGUACGCGGCAGCCAGCUGAGGGGAAAUCGUGUCCGAUUCCCCCUGAUACCACAGCAUCCCGGCUAUGGGCCCCAACAACCGGCUGGCGGCUUCUGCGCGUGCCAGCAGGCAGUGUUGUUCCCGCGCUGCCACUGGACGAUGCUCGUGCCGCCUUGGGCGGCAGGGACGAGGGCCACAGUGACAGUGCCCGUGUUUAGAGGGUCGACGUGUCGGAGGAGGGCGGUGGCGAAGGGCAUCCCGGGGCCGAUGCCGAGCUUUGAGUCUUGGGCGGUGAAGUCGAGGCCGCGGUGGAGAGGCUCGGAAGCCCUCUCCCAAGUCAGCACAGGGCUCAGUCUGAUGACUGAGUCCGGUAUGGGGGGCUCCGACUCGGGUGGGACGAAGCCGUCCCAAACGCCGGCGCCGCUGACGCCGCCUCGACCGGCCAUGUUGCUUUGGCCGGCCAGCAAAACGGUGAAGGUGGUGCCACCGCCAGUCGAAAAGCUGCUGCUGCUCAUGAAGAAAAUGAUGAAGAUUAACUAG